AUGUCGGCUCCCGGCCAGAAUAACGUCGACUUCGACGCUCUCCUAGAUCUCACCGAGUACGACGGAUUCCAAUCUCCUGCCUCUCUCUCACCAGCCGGCACAUCAAAGGCUACCUUCACAAGCCCUGCCACUACUGCCGUUGCUGCUCCCAUCACAACCGCCCAGAGCUUGAGCGGUCCCAGUCACAACUAUGACAUGUACCGACAACAGACAGGCUUCGUCCCUGGAGCUAUCGCCAGCACCAUGGCAGUAAACCAGACCAACAACACUGGUUACCAAGACUUCCGCAGUCUUGACUACUCAACAUUCAGCCCUGAGGCCGAUCUCUUCGACUUCAACACCUCUCCUUCUCAAGCCACCAUGGGCGCAUCAGAAAUGGACAUGGAUUUCGAGUCCCAUACCGAGACACAGCAGUUCUUCACCGUCGACCCUAGCAGUAUCGAGCAGGAAAUUGAUGGCCUUCCUUCGCCGCCAGUCUUGCCUACCCAAACCAACAAUGUCGGUCGACUCUGGCCCGGUGCCCACUCCCAGGCCGCCCUUGCCAAGGCUCAGGCUCAGCAGCGACAGCAGCAGCAGAUCAUUCAGCAGCAGCAACAGGCUCAACGUCAGGGAUCUCAGCCCAAGUCUCGCGGCAAGGCUCCUCCUCCUUCCGACCCUCUUGUUGAGCAGAAGAUCACCCAACUCUUGAACUCGAUGCGAGCCAAGCCCUCAAUGCCUGACAGCCAGGCCACAAGCCCCAUGACCAAUCUCCCCCGGUCCAAGAAGGACGAAGAGGAGAUGGAUGAGGAUGAGCGAUUACUCGCUAGCGAGGAGGGCAAGAAGCUCAGCAGCAAGGAGCGACGACAGCUGCGAAACAAGGUUUCUGCCCGUGCCUUCCGUUCGCGCAGAAAGGAAUACAUCACUCAACUCGAGACUGAGAUCGCCAACAAGGUCAGCGAGAACGGUGAUCUCCGAACUCAGAACCGAGCCCUUCUGGACGAGAACAAGCGUCUGACAGAUCUUACCCGCAUGCUUCUCUCCUCACCUUCAUUCUCCAACUUCUUGGACAACCUUAGCAGCAACCCAGCCGCCGCUCAGCAGACUCCUCAGCUCAAGGUCGAGCCCCAGCCUGAACAGCGACAGGUUCCCAAGGACAUCAACCCCUACAACGCCCAGCAAUCCUCUCAACAGCAGAUUGGUAUGGCCAUGAUCCCUGAGCAGAACAUGGACUUCUCCAUGCUCACCCUCGAUGGUUUCAACUUCCAGCCCCAGGUCUUCGUUGUCGACACACCCGAGGUUCCUGAGAUUAUCGACGCUGCUGUUCUCUCCGGCAAGUCAUCAAACUUUGUCGAGCCCAUCUUUGACUCUGAGGAGGAGAAGCUUGAGGUGCCCGCUAUCGAGCGCCCUGUUGCUGCCCCUGAAGUUUCUGAAUCUGUUAACGCUGCCCCUAUCGAUGCUGAGUUUGAGUCUGACCCUGAAUUCGCCUUGUUCCACACUGAAGCCGCUACCACUGCCACCGAGUCACCUAAGGAGUUCGACUCUGAAGGUUUGUCGUCCGUUGACAUCUUUGGCGGUGUUGAGUCCGAGAAGGUCCUUGCGCGCCUGGAACUCGUCGAUGCUGGUGAACAAGAAUGCACAGCCGCCCUUGCUAUGGCUCGUGUGCAACGUCUCAGUGCCAGCUGUGACGCUGUGACAUCAAGAUUAGAGUUGCUUACCAUGGACCUGUAA